CCCGGUCCUAGCGCCCGCCGCCGCCGCCGCCGCCAGCUCCGGCCCCCCCGCAGCUCUAGGUCGCCGCCCCGGAGGGGAACAUGGCCGCCGCCGUGGGGCCGCCGGCCCGGGGCGACGCCGGCGGGGACGAGGAUGGGGGUGGCGGCGCGAGGAAGAGGACGGGCGACGCCGAGAGCGAGGAAGGACCGGCGGCGGCGCGAGGAAGAGGACGGGUGACGCCGAGAGCGAGGAAGGACCCGGCGGCGGGAGGAAGAGGAUGGGCGAUGCCGCGGGCGAGGAAGGACCCGGCGGCGGCGCGAGGAAGAGGACGGGCGACACCGCGGGUGAGGAAGGGACCCGGCGGUGGGAGGAAGAGGACGGGCGACGCCGAGAGCGAGGAAGGACCCGGCGGCGGCGCGAGGAAGAGGACGGGCGACACCCGCGGGCGAGGAAGGACCCGGCGGCGGGAGGAAGAGGACGGGCGACGCCGCGGGCGAGGAAGGACCGGCGGCGGCGCGAGGAAGAGGAAGGGCGACGCCGAGAGCGAGGAGACGCCGGGCAGCAGCACGAGGAAGAGGAAGGGCAACGCUGCGAGCGAGGAAGCACCCGGCAGGGGCGCGAGGAAGAGGACGGGCGACGCCGGCGGCGCGAGGAAGAGGACGGGCGACGCCGAGAGCGAGGAGGCGCCCGGCGGCGGCGGCGGCGCGAGGAAGAGGACGGGCGAGGCCGGCGGCGGGAGGAAGGACGACGCCGAGAGCGAGGAGACGCCGUACGUGCGCGCCGGGCGCCGGUACAAGUGCCGGGCGUGCGCCAAGACGUUCCCGAACGCGCCGCGGGCGCUGCGGCACCACGCCGGCAGCCACGACGGCGGCGCCGGCACCGGCACCGGCACCGGCACCGGCACCGCGCCGGCGGCGUCCCCCGGCGCGCCGUUCGCCUGCGGCGCCUGCCCCAAGGCGUACGGCUCGCGGGCGAAGCUGCGCGUGCACCAGCGGGCGCACACGGGCGAGCGGCCCUUCGCCUGCCCCGAGUGCGCCAAGGCCUUCGCCGACCCGGCCGUGUACCGCAAGCACCGGCGCGGCCACGCGGGGCUCCGGCCCCACCGCUGCGCCGCCUGCCCCCAAGGCCUACGCCGAGCUCAAGGACCUGCGCAACCACCAGCGCGUGCACACGGGCGAGCGGCCCUUCCUGUGCGCCGAGUGCGGCAAGGCCUUCGGCCGCUCCUCCUCGCUCGCCUGCCACCAGCGCAUCCACGCCGCCCGCAAGCCCUACGCCUGCGCCCGCUGCCCCAAGGCCUUCACGCAGCUCUCCUCCUUCCAGAGCCACCAGCGCGUGCACACCGGCGAGCGGCCCUUCCUGUGCCCGCAGUGCGGCCGCACCUUCGCCGACCCCUCCAGCUACCGCCGGCACCAGCGCGCCCACCAGGGCCUCAAGCCCCACGGCUGCGGCGAGUGCGGCAAGGCCUUCCGGCAGCCCGCCGACCUGGCCGUGCACCGGCGCGGUGCACACGGGCGAGCGGCCCCACCGCUGCCCGCAGUGCGACAAGGCCUUCGUCGCCUCCUGGGACCUCAAGCGGCACCGGCUCGUGCACUCGGGCGAGCGGCCCCUGGCGCUGCGGCGAGUGCGGCAAGGCCUUCGCCGAGCGCGCCGGCCUCACCAAGCACCGGCGCGUCCACUCGGGCGAGCGGCCCUUCGCCUGCGCCCGCUGCGGCAAGGCCUUCGUCGUCUCCUCCAGCCUCCGCAAGCACGAGCGCACCCACGGCCGCGGGCGCGACGCCGACGGCGCCGCCGCCGCCGCCGCCGCGUCCUGCGCGGGGCCCAACAUGGCCGCCCCCGGCGGAGGGCUGGUGGGGCGCGGGCCCCAACAUGGCCGCCCCCGGAGCAGCUUUGUGCACGGGGCCCCAACAUGGCCGCCCCCGGCGGGAGGGCUGGUGGGGUGCGGGCCCCCAACAUGGCCGCCCCCGGAGCAGCUUUGUGCGCGGGCCCCAAUAUGGCCGCCCCCGGCGCAGGACUGGUGA